AUGUACUCCCCGUGCGAGGCCGUGUACGGCUAUGACAGAACACACAUCAAGCGAAUGACACCACUGGAGUACAUGCGGGAGAAGGACACCCCUGCCGCUCGUUAUUCAGCGCGGGAAGGUGACGGUGGCGGACUUCUGCGCUCACGAGACCCCAACGUGCAGUUCUACUCCAAGUACCCUGUGUACGACCGCUCUGGGCGUGAGCUCUGUGUGCUGUACCAGAUGCUGGAGAUGGAGGUGCAGCAGGAACUCCGACGUGUCGAGCGGGGUGGCGACGCCACACGCAUUUCUGGCGUGCGCCUCAGCGCUGAGAUCACGCUGGACGAUACGCCUGACGAAGCAUUGAGAGUGCCACAGCAGGAACAACCCCAACCGCAUAAGCAGGAGUCUGCCGGUGCGUAUUAUCUGAACCAUUUCGUUCCUGCGCCACUAGUAGGUGAGGAUGACGACGUCGACGUGUCUGCGUCGACCCACCGGAUCUCUAGCAUGAUGGUGCCGUCUCCAAAUUAUGUGGGCGCUGUCGCCCAGGCUCCACGCGCGUCGAGUUUUUCCAUCUAUCGUGAGAGUGGUCUCAACCCCUGCAUGAAGCUGCCUGAGCCGCAAGAGGGAAAUCAACAGCAUCAACAGCAAAGGUCAGAUGUCAUAUCAGAUGGCAGUCAUUCUACCUUUGUCUCGCAGCGUCUUCUUCGCGGAGACGGCAAUGCACACACCUUUUACCCACCGCCGCCGCCGCAGCGCAGCAGCACUGCGUCCCCAAAGCGUUUAGGUGACAUUGACGGUGAAACUGAUAAUGACAAUGAAGAGGAUAACGAGAAUGUUUACACCACAGAGGUGGGUCUCGAAACGACCUCGGGGCCGGAGCAGUUGCGGUUCACGACGGUGCGCCCAUCAGAGCUGCGUACGACAAAGCAGCUAUUUGUCCCUGGUCGCACGACGACCACGCGCCGCACCAUUAAGCACGCCAGCCCGAUCCCAAGCCAGGUAUACGGCAUCCACAGCCAGACAAUACCAGCUGCUCUCGUGGCGCCUCUCGUUUCCGCCAACUUGGAAGCCAUCUGUUGCAGCAGUGAUUUCUGGAGCAUCGACGAGCUCACACCGCAGCUGCGUCCUGGCAUAACCGUGACGCUCUGCGGCGACCGCUACCAUGUCCUCCGCUAUCACGAUUCCUCCGAUGUUUACGAGGCGUACACAGAAACAGAGACACAGCUGAAUGCCUCUGAACAGGUGCUGCUGUAUCGCUGGAGCGUGCGUGCGGUGCAACACGGGGUGAAUGAGGCCCACCGAGCAGCGCUAGGCUUGUCCCUCACUUCUUCUGCUCUGCGUGUCGCUGGGUACCGGUACCGUGACGGCGGCUUGACGGCCAUCACUUUACCAAUGGGGUAUCGUGCGGUGCCGCUCUCCACUGUGCCACUCUCAGCCGGCUCCUUCCCUACGUGUGUGAAACUCCUGCUGCGGAUGCUUUCCGAUCUCGUGGUGAAGCGCACCAUUCACGGCAAUUUAAGAGCGAUGAAUCACAUCUUUUUGGCCCUUCGGCGUGGGGACGUUGGCGUGGACAUGCCCGCUGCCGUGUUGGUUCCGGUGCACUGGGAGAGACUUGUGGAUUUUAGCAUGUUUGUGGACCGCAACGCCGGACGCACUAUUCCCAUGUCCCACGAUGAUGACGGGAGUCGUAAAGGUGAGCGCGUGUUCCACGGCCAAGAUGUGUCAACAGUGGUAACCAUGCUUCUUGAGAAUGAGCUCGCCGAACACCUGCGGCCCGAUCAACUUGCCGAGGCUCAGCGUCUUAUGAUGUUGACGACAGAGCCCACGCAGGUUGCCAAUUACUUGAUCCAGUUGAAGAACACAAUGACGGCCAUCCCGUCUGACAUGGCAUCGCUCCAGCAGGACUAUGAGGUGUCGCUACAGAGUUUCUGCUAA